CAUGUCUUCAAAUUUUAGCCAAUGGUGGAGCUUGAAACGUUUGGUUUGUUCCUUUGUUUUUCUUUUUAUAAAUGCAGAUUGUGGCCAAAUCGUCCGGACGCUACCAGGAUUUUCCGGUACUCUUCCGUUCAGUCUUGAAACUGGAUAUAUUAGCGUGGGGAGCUCAGAGCUUUUCUACUUGUUCGUGAAGUCGUAAGGAAAUCCUGAAGUGGAUCCUCUUCUUUAUUAUAUAGUUGGAGGCCCUGGUUGUGCUGCUUUGAAUGGUUUCCUCUUUCAAACUGGUCCACUACAGUUUAAUGAAACUGAUUACACUGGAGGUUUGCCAACGUUGCAUUUAUACCCACACACAUGGACCAAGAGUGCGAGUAUAAUAUUUGUAGAUGCACCAAUUGGCUCUGGUUACUCCUAUUCAACAAACCCAGCAGAUUACGAGAUCUCAGACUUACAGUCAGCAAAUCAAUCUUAUAUUUUUAUAAGAGAGUGGUUAAAUGAGCAUCCCCAAUUUAUCAAAAACCGAUUUUUUGUUGCUACGGAUUCAUAUUCUGGUGUACUUGCUCCCAUUAUCGCAAAUCAUAUAUUGGAUGGUAAUAAUGCCGGACUUGUGCCAACAAUAAAUCUAGUGGGGAUUGUAAGUGGAUCACCCCGUAUGAAUGGUAAAGAAGAACAAAGUUAUCAAACAAUAUUAGCCCAUAAGCUUGGACUUAUAUCCAAGACUAUUUUUAACUAUGCCAAAGAGUAUUGCAAUGGCACUUACUUCUAUACGGAUACCAGUACAGUGAGUGCUGAAUGCCUAGAGUAUCUUGAAGUAAUCGAUGAGUUAAUUGAACAAAUAAAUACGGAAAUGGUGUUGGCUCCCAAGUGUAGCACAGUAUCACCCAAAUUAGAUGAUGGAAACAAGAGGAGAUCUUUGAGACAAACUGAUUAUUGGUGCAAGAACUUUGGUUAUCUACUCUCUACUAUAUGGGCAAAUGAUGAAGGUGUUCAACGUGCUCUUCAUGUCCGAGAGGGAACAAUAAAAGAGUGGCGAAGGUGCAAUCUUACAUUUUCUGAGGGCUCAUAUGAUUAUGAUGUCGAUAGUUCUUUUGACUAUCAUAAAAAUCUUACCAAAUCAGGCCUACAACUUUUGCUUUACAGUGGCGAUCAUGAUUUGGUCGUUCCACAUAUAUACACAGAAUAUUGGAUAGGUUUACUUGAUAUCACUUUGGCUGAAGAUUGGCGACCAUGGUUUGUUGGUGGUCAAACUGUAGGGUACACAAUUAAGUACUCAAAUUAUGGAUAUCGAUUGACUUAUGCAACUCUGAAGGGAUCAGGUCACUCUCCAACUGAGUGGAAGGGAAGGGAAACCUAUGAAAUGUUUGAAAGGUGGGUACAUUUUUACCCACUUUAGGUGACAGCCACAGUUUCAAGACUAUCAAAUCUUUGUGGUUUGUAGCUACCAUUUGAAAUUUGCAACUUUGCAACAUGAUUGUUUCGAGCAAAGCAUUAAAUUAAUAAAUUGUUUUGAUAAUCGUUGAGGCAUUUUUGUGUUAAGCAUUGUUUAGGGGUGAAUGAAAUAAACUCAGAAUAAUACAAACAUAUUUUAAUAUA